CAUUUAUCGUCACUACACUUAAGGUCAUCAAAACAACUUUUACUAAAUGAUAUAACUAUUUACAUUUCUAAAUUUAUGGUAAUAUGAUAAUUUUCGCAUUAUAUUCCAUCAAAUACCUCCAAAAAUGAACAUUAAUAGAUGCAGUAUAUGUUUGAGGUUGGUUAAAGCAAAUGUAAAUAAGUUCAGGAAUUAUCACAGUGAACAUGUGUUUGGGUUCAAAAGGAAGACGAGGAAAGCAUUUCAAGUACCAGAUGAAGUAUACGCGGCACGCUGCAAGGAAAGUAAUUUUUACAGACUGGUAACAGCAUAUAAACAACACGGACACAAGUGUUCUAAUAUAGACCCGGUUGCAUUUACGCAAAACGCAAGCAGUGUCGUUCCCGAAUUAGAUUUAAAAAGAUACGGUCUCAGUAUUAAUAAUGAGGUGACAUUCACUGGAAUCGUUAAUGUCGGAAAACAUAGAGGAACUGUUUCAUAUGCGGAAGAGCAAUUAAGGAAUAUUUAUUGUCAGCAUAUAGCCACCGAAUUUUCACACUUAGAGGAUGAGGAGGAGAUCGAAUGGCUGAGCCAGGAGAUUGAGAAAUUGCCUAGGCAGGCGAUAGACAACGACACCAAACUUCAAAUCCUGACCGAUCUACUGAAAUCUGAAUGUUUUGAUCAAUUUUUAGGGAUAAAAUUUGGCAGCCUUAAGAGAUAUGGUGCCGAAGGGGCGGAAGGCAUGUUUCCAUUUUUCACAAAUUUUUUCAGGCUUGCAGCUGAAGAUAACAUUGAGCAAAUUGUGUUAGCGAUGCCGCACAGGGGACGCCUCAAUCUUUUAACUGGCAUUUUAAAUUUUUCACCUGCUCGAAUGUUUUCUAAAAUAAAAGGAAAUAGUGAUUUUCCUGACAAAUACAAAGCAAGCGGAGAUGUCUUGAGUCACCUCAUCGCAUCGACAGAUUUGAAAUAUGGUGAUAAAACUGUCCACCUCUCAUUGUUGUACAAUCCGUCACAUUUGGAGGCUGUGAAUCCAGUAUCAAUGGGAAAAACUAGAGCUAAACAGAUGAUUACCGGAGAUGGUGAUUACGGCCAAAGCAAUGAGUGGUCUGACAAAGUGAUAAAUCUUCAGGUGCAUGGUGAUGCAGCUAUAGCUGGCCAAGGUAUCAAUCAAGAGUGCUUAAUGUUGAGUAGAGUACCUCAUUUCGAAGUUGGAGGAUCAGUUCAUCUAGUAGUCAACAAUCAAGUUGGAUUUACUACGCCCGCAGCUAGAGGUCGAUCAUCUAGAUAUUGUACAGACGUGGCAAGAAUCAUUUCAGCACCUGUUAUCCACGUCAAUGGGGAUCUUCCUGAGGAAGUGUUGAAGGUUAGUAAAGUUGCCUUUGAAUACCAGAGGAAAUUCCGCAAAGAUAUUUUCGUAGAUAUAAACUGCUACAGGCUUUGGGGGCACAAUGAGUUGGAUGAUCCCACAUUCACUAAUCCAGCCUUAUAUAACGUCAUCCGUUCGAAAAAGACGGUACCCCAAAUGUAUGCAGACAAGCUGAUCAAUGAGGGAAUUGUCUCUGAAGAUAUUUGCAAAAAUACAGUAGAAAGUCACCGAGCUUGGUUAAAUGAUGAGUUGAAGGCCGCGGAAACGUAUAAGCCUGAAGACUUGCAUUUCAAAAACAAUUGGGAUGGCUAUAGUCAAGCCGAAGACGCAGUCACUACUUGGGACACAGGAGUAGAUACCGAUCUACUCACAUUUGUGGGUAGUAAGUCGGUUCAGUAUCCAAACGAUUUCAACAUCCAUCCAACGUUACUCAGGACACAUAUUAAAAAUAGGCUCAGUAAGGUAUCGGAAGGCGAAAACGUAGACUGGUCAACAGCAGAAGCUCUAGCAAUGGGAUCGCUGCUUUUUCAAGGAUACAAUGUCCGUAUUAGUGGACAAGACGUCGGGAGGGGGACGUUUUGUCAUAGGCACGUCAUGAUGGUCGAUCAAAAGUCUAACAGCACAUAUGUACCUUUGAACCACAUGCACAAAGACCAAAAUGGAUUCCUAGAAGUAGCAAACAGUAUUCUCUCAGAAGAGGCCGUCUUGGGUUACGAGUAUGGUUACAGUGUAGAGAGUCCGAGGAAUCUUGUUAUGUGGGAGGCGCAGUUUGGGGACUUUUUCAAUGGAGCACAAGUCAUUUUUGAUACUUUUAUCACUUCCGGAGAAGAAAAAUGGCUGUGGCAGAGUGGACUCACGGUACUCUUGCCACAUGGAUACGAUGGCGCUGGCCCAGAACACAGCUCGUCACGAAUAGAACGUUUCCUCCAGCUUACUGACUCGAAAGAAACUAAACCUGAUGGGGAUAAUGUUAACAUGCAAGUUUGUCAGCCUAGUACACCGGCACAGUAUUUCCAUUUGCUUAGACGUCAGAUGGUGCGGAAUUUUAGGAAACCACUUAUCAUAAUUACCCCUAAGACAUUGCUAAGACAUCCGAAAUGUACGUCAAAUUUUAUGGAGAUGACACCUGGAACUCAUUUUAAACCUGUGAUAGGAGAUUCUUCGGUGGAACCUUCAAAGGUGAAGAAAGUACUGCUCACCUCCGGAAAACAUUACUAUUCCCUGGCGGAAAAACGGGAGAAUUUGAAAACGAAUGAUACUGCUCUUAUACGAGUGGAAUCAUUUUCUCCUUUUCCAACAAUCGAACUUCAAACAGAGCUAUCCAAAUAUCCGAACGCAACAAAAGUGCUGUGGUGCCAAGAGGAGCCUAGAAACAUGGGAGCAUGGACAUUUUUCAAACCUCGGUUCGAGAAUCUCGUCGGCAAAAAGAUCUCGUAUGUAGGCAGAGAAACCUCGGCAGCACCAGCAAUAGGAGUGGGUAAAAUACACCAACAGGAAGCAGAAGAAGUGACCACCAAACCGUUUUUUAAUUAAACUCAUGUAUUUAAAUAAAACUUUACAAUAUAAUUAAUGUGUCAUACGUGA